AUGGCUAAUUUAUCGCUACGUAUGUUGUCAGUGUUUCUGCUCGCUGCGUUUCUACUGAACAUCUCGAAUUACCUGUUCAUGAGACUUUACAAUCAACCUUAUCAAGCCAGGCUCAACUAUCUUUACCCAAAGACUGCGAGCGGAGUAGAAAUGAGUCGCAUCCCGAUCAAAGACUCAUACUGGUUUGCUGAUACUCAAUACGCGCCCAAAGAAAGGUUUGCCACCAUGAAUCAAAGAACUGUGUUUAACGAAUCGGAGCAGAGUACCUAUUCCGCAUACUAUUUAAUGUUGGGCAAAUAUAAGACGACGAUAAAGGACGAGCUAGAGGACUGUCCUGAACUACCUCCAGGGUUAGGACCAGAAUUAGAAAAUCGAGCCAUGAUUGCAAAGAAUAUAGACAACUUUGAAUCAAAGCUUAACGAUGUUAAGCCAGGAGGCAUAUACAAGCCAACGUCGUGCAAAUCUCGGCAGAGCGUCGCAGUUAUUAUAGCAUAUAGAGGUUUCAAAGGAUAUCUGACAACUUUAAUGAAUAUCCUACAUCCGUUCCUCAUUAAACAACAAUUGGAUUAUCAGAUAUUUGUCAUAGUACAAAGUAACACAAGCCAGCCAUACAACCGGGGAAAACUCUUGAACGUGGGCUUCACGGAGGCGACACGAUACCGCAAGUCUGGCUGGCAGUGCAUCAUAUUGCACGAGCCUCAUAUCGUGCCUAUGGACUCCAGAAACCUGUACAGGUGCAGCUGGUUUCCUAAACAACUGGCAACAAGCGUUGAAAGGCCUGUGAAAGCCUCAUAUGUGCCACUACUUGGAGGUGCAAUAGCUAUGACCUCAGAACAGUUUUUAAAAGUCAACGGAUUCUCCAAUGCGUACUGGGACAACGAUGCUGAUUAUUACGAUUUGUAUCAUAGAAUAAACUUUACAAACUAUUACGUUGAAAACAGUUUCCCACUUGUGGGCAGAUUUAAAACAUUACGGAAAGGUCUAGCUCUAUGGCACAAAUCCGAAUACUUGACGACACCUCCACCACUAUAUUUACUAGAUGGACUAACAUCUUUAUCAUACACAGUCGAUGUCUUUGAACUAAAACGACUCUAUACCUACGUACAAGUUAAUAUUGAUGGCAUAACAGGAAAAGAAUCCAAAAUCAAGUUAUACAAUAAACUAUUGAAUCCUGUUACUACAAACAAAACUGCGGAGCAAUUGAAAUAAAAGCAAUAUAAAACA